AUGGGCAACCCGCCGGAAGCCGAUGCGCGCGUCGAGGCCGCGGAAGAGUCGCCCCUCGACACGGAGUUCCAGCUCAUCUUGGUGCUCGAGCCCGACGGGUUCCGCCACCGCGUGCUCGCGGCCGCCACGUCGACGCUCAAGCAGCUCAAGGACCAAGUCACAUCCGACCUCAAGCUCACGCCCGGCGCGCUCAAGAUCCCCGAGCUCGACGAUG